UUGGCUUUGACAGCAGCCGCCACAAGUCUUUCCGCCUCCAAAUCUCGGUUGCAGAGCGGAGAGAUUAUGGUGGACUGACAACGCUGCCUGCAGACGGACCCUGCCCGAGGGUUUCCCAUGCUCCAACUAACCAAAAGAAGAAGAAAAAAGCCAUCCUCCCAGCAUGACUGCUGCUCCCGGGGGCCUCUUGGCACCGCGUCGCCUCCCGCCUCACCUGCCUGCUUGAUGUCUUCUGCCGUCCCUAGAGACAUCUCUACACCCAUGUAUUUUUCAUGCUGGAAGUCUCGAUGCCCCCGAGCCGCUGCUGGUGACCGCGGGGCGGCUAUGAAGUAGCCCUCCGGCAGCUGAGUACAACGCGCUGUCCUCCCAGCCCGCAUGCAUUUCUCUUUGCGAAGGGAAGGAUUUUCUUGAAGGCAAAGCCAGCGCCCGCCGCCUCCAGACCCCCCCGCGAGGGACGGACUCUCACCGACAUGGCUCACGUGUUGCCCUGGCUGCUGCUCUGCCUGGGCUCUGGCGUGGUGCGAGCCGGCCGCGCGCAGCUGGGGAUCCACGUGCCGCUGCGCAACGGGCUGGGGCCCCCGGCCCAGGGCCACCGGGUGCAGCGAGCCGCCGAGGGGGAGCAGGAGGACUCCAAGCAAGGGAGCAAUUUUGUGGACAUGAUAGAUAACUUGCGGGGCAAGUCUGGGCAGGGCUACUAUGUGGAGAUGACUGUUGGGAGCCCCCCGCAAAAGCUGAACAUCCUGGUGGACACAGGCAGCAGCAACUUUGCAGUUGGGGCAGCACCUCACGCGUUCCUGCAGAGGUACUACCAGCGGCAGCUGUCCAGCACGUACCGGGACCUGCGGAAGGGUGUCUACGUGCCGUAUACCCAGGGCAAGUGGGAGGGGGAGCUCGGGACCGACCUGGUCACCAUCCCCCACGGCCCCAGAGUCACCGUCCGAGCCAACAUUGCAGCCAUCACCAAGUCGGACAAGUUCUUCAUCAACGGCUCCAACUGGGAGGGGAUCCUGGGGCUGGCCUAUGCUGAGAUCGCCCGGCCUGAUGACAGCUUGGAGCCCUUCUUUGACUCACUGGUGAAGCACACGCGGGUCCCCAACAUCUUCUCCCUGCAGCUGUGUGGGGCAGGCUUCUCCCCCAACGAGUCCGAGGCCUUGGCAUCAGUUGGUGGCAGCAUGAUCAUUGGCGGCAUCGACCAUUCCCUCUAUGUCGGCAGCAUCUGGUACACUCCCAUCAGGAAGGAGUGGUACUACGAGGUCAUCAUUGUCAAGGUCGAGAUCAACGGGCAGGACCUGAAGAUGGACUGCAAAGAGUACAACUAUGACAAGAGCAUUGUGGACAGCGGGACCACCAACCUCCGGCUGCCGAAGAAGGUGUUUGAGGCUGCAGUCAAGUCCAUCAAAACAGCAUCUUCGACGGAGAAGUUCCCCGACGGCUUCUGGCUGGGGGAGCAGCUGGUGUGCUGGCAGGUCGGCACCACCCCCUGGCACAUCUUCCCCAUCAUCUCACUCUAUUUGAUGGGCGAGGCCACCAACCAGUCCUUCCGGAUCACCAUCCUGCCCCAGCAAUACCUGCGCCCCGUGGAGGAUGUGGCUACCUCCCAGGAUGACUGCUACAAGUUUGCCAUCUCGCAGUCCUCCACUGGCACCGUCAUGGGCGCCGUCAUCAUGGAGGGCUUCUACGUCAUCUUCGACCGGGCCCGCAAGCGCAUCGGCUUUGCGGUCAGCACCUGCCACGUGCACGACGAGUUCCGGCGGGCGGCGGUGGAGGGGCCAUACCUGCACCCCGACAUGGCAGACUGUGGCUACAACAUCCCGCAGACGGACGAGUCCACGCUGAUGACCAUCGCCUAUGUCAUGGCAGCCAUCUGCGCCCUCUUCAUGCUGCCGCUCUGUCUGAUGGUCUUCCAGUGGCGCUGCUUCCGCUGCCUGCGGCGGGACCACGACGACUUUGCCGACGACAUAUCCUUGCUCAAGUGACGCCUGCCCCGCAGGCCGAGGGGGCUGCUGGAGCCUGCUCCUGGGGGGCCCAGAGCCAGGGCGGGAGCAGGCACAGCUCCGACUUGGGGCAUGGGCUCUUCUGCCCCUGGAACACGAGGUGCCUGGCAGGGAGGGGGAAGGGAGCGAUCCUGUCUGCCAGCAGCAGAGCCAUUGCCCAGAGGCAGGCCCCUGGUGCCCCCCUUGCCCUCCCACCUCCCCUGUGGCAGCCGGGUCCUGGGGUGGGCGCUGGAGCAGCGAGGGAGGGUGAGGCACUGGUGGCAGGGCAGCCCCGGGCUGGGGAGCAGGGCGCCAGUGGUCGGUGGGGGUCACUGUCCCAUGCUUUCAGGUUCAGUUGGUUGGUUCCUAACUAAUACCCCAGGUGGGCUGCUGCCCUGGGGGGGCUGGGGACAGCCCCUCCAUGGUGUGCCAGGCAGACAUGGAGUCGCUGCCCUCCACACCCUGGAGGCAGCUGCCCCACACCUGCCUCAGCCAGGGACACAUUGCCAGAGGCUGAAGAGGGCAGCAGCCUCAGAGGCGCCUGUGCCCUGGCCCAGGGGUGGCAGCUCUGGGGCUUUCGCUGGCCUCUCCCGUGUGGUACCGCAGGUCGUGCUUUGACCCCAUCAGGCGGUCAGAGCCCGGACCCCAGGAGACCUGCCUGCAGUGCAAGGGAGCUCGGUCACGGGGCAGAGGACCAGGGCUAUACCGAGCCUCUUCCUUGGCACCUGCGCUGGCUCAGCCUUCCCCCA